AUCACUCGUCAAAAUUCAAUUCUUGACCACCCUUCCUUCUCCUUUCAUUGUUAAUUGUGGGAACAAAGAAGAAGAAAGAAAGAAAGUUCAGCCUCAUCAUCAUCUUCAAACGUGAUCUUAACCAUGCUUAUGCUGCUGCCGCUGCUGCUUCUCGAUCAUAAAUAAACGAGAAAUCGCAGCGGCGGAUGAAUGAUUGAUUGAAUGAAUGAAUGAGAGAAAAUAACUGACUAGGAGGAAGAAGAAGAUAAGAAGCGGUCGUCAAUCGUUGUUUGAUGGGAAACUCAUGCCGGGGAUCUUUUGGAGAGAAGAAUAUCCAGGGCUACAAUCUGCCCGAAGAACAACCCGUUUCCAAACGCAACAAUACCACUAGCCACUCAAACUAUUCUCCUACCAGCUCGCCCAGUCAAACCAAGCAAUUCAUUUCUCGAGACUUCUCCCCCAAUUUCACCUUUUCUGAUAUGAAGCGUUGCACCGACAACCAGUCUUAUUACGUUCUUGGUCACAAAACCCCCAACAUUCGUGACAUUUACACCCUAGGUCGUAAACUAGGUCAGGGUCAAUUCGGCACCACUUAUUUAUGCACCGAGAUUUCAACAGGGGUCGAAUAUGCGUGUAAAUCUAUUUCUAAGAGGAAACUGAUUUCAAAAGACGACGUCGACGAUGUGAGGAGGGAGAUUCAGAUCAUGCACCACUUAGCGGGUCACACGAACAUCGUUACCAUUAAGGGCGCUUAUGAGGAUCCUCUGUAUGUUCAUAUCGUAAUGGAGCUUUGUGCUGGGGGUGAAUUGUUUGACCGUAUUAUUCAAAGGGGACAUUACAGCGAGAGAAGAGCGGCUCAAUUGACCAAGAUUAUUGCUGGGGUUGUCCAGGCAUGCCACUCGCUUGGAGUUAUGCAUAGAGAUCUCAAGCCUGAAAACUUUCUUCUCGUUAACAGGGAUGAUGACUUUAAUCUCAAAGCCAUCGAUUUUGGACUUUCCGUUUUCUUUAAGCCAGGUCAAGUUUUUAAGGAUGUUGUUGGAAGUCCAUACUAUGUUGCUCCAGAGGUACUCUUGAAACACUAUGGACCAGAAGCAGAUGUCUGGACUGCAGGAGUUAUACUUUACAUACUACUAAGUGGUGUACCACCAUUCUGGGCUGAAACACAACAGGGAAUAUUUGACGCAGUUCUGAAAGGGCACAUUGACUUUGAGUCUGACCCGUGGCCUCUCAUAUCUGAAAGUGCAAAGGAUUUAAUAAGAGGGACCCUAUGCUCCAAACCAUCUCAACGGUUAACUGCACAUCAAGUUCUAUGUCAUCCUUGGAUCUGUGAAAAUGGAGUUGCCCCUGAUAGAGCCUUGGAUCCUGCUGUGCUUUCUCGUCUCAAGCAAUUCUCUGCAAUGAAUAAGCUAAAGAAGAUGGCUUUACGUGUUAUUGCUGAACGUCUGUCAGAAGAAGAGAUUGCUGGUUUGAGAGAGAUGUUUAUAUCAAUGGAUACUGAUAAUAGUGGUGCCAUCACAUUUGACGAACUUAAGGCUGGAUUAAGAAGAUAUGGAUCAACCUUAAAGGACACAGAAAUCCGUGACCUAAUGGAUGCAGCUGAUGUAGACAACAGCGGAACAAUUGACUAUGGAGAAUUCAUAGCAGCAACAAUUCAUCUGAACAAAUUGGAGCGUGAGGAGCAUCUGAUGGCUGCAUUUGGAUAUUUUGACAAGGAUGGGAGUGGUUAUAUUACAGUUGAUGAGCUUCAACAUGCUUGUAUAGAGCAUAACAUGACUGAUGUUUUUUUGGAGGAUAUUAUCAAAGAAGUUGAUCAAGACAAUGAUGGGAAAAUUGAUUAUCAGGAAUUUGUUGCGAUGAUGCAAAAGGGGAAUGCUGGAGGAGUUGGAAGAAGAACAAUGAGAAACAGUCUAAAUAUUAGCAUGACAGAUGCACCUGGAGCUCAUUAGCUUCUUCUAUCUAUCUAUAUUCACAAACCAUGUACAGUUGUAAGUGGAAACGGAUGGCGUCUUGUCUGUUGUGUGGUUCAAAAGGACAUAUGAGGCCUGUUUGCAGGUGAAGUGAGAACGGACAUGUUCACAAAAAACUUUUGUUUCCUCGUCCACAUACAUACACAAUACAUACACAACCUUUGGGAGAGAUUUCUGUUUGAGCAAGUCUUAGUGCUAACAUGGUUGUAAAUUAACUAAAAUGUGAAAGUUAUAUUUGCUGUAAUUGUUGUCUAAUAAUAAUAAUAUUAUUAUUAUUAAUUCUUGUA